UACAAGGUAACAGGUUGUAUUUGUCCAGAGUAUUUACUCACUCAGGGUUGUUGGUGUGUGUCAUGGAAGCGGUCACUGAAACACAUUUCAUGAAGAACUACAGGAUUUUAUAGGAAACGCAGCAUCUAACAACUUCAGGCUUCAAACCGACUGUAGCAUGUCUGCACCGGCCUCGGGUAGAAAAACCCCAGUGGAUUAUGGGGUUCAGAUCCGCUUCAUAAAUGACCUGGAUGAUACAGGAGGUGGAGGAGGAGGACGUCGAGACAGCUCGGGGAAAUCCUCGUCCCGCUAUGGCGUAGCUGUCAGGGUGCAGGGCAUCGCGGGCCAGCCAUAUGUAGUGCUAAAGGAUGGAAAGAAGGGAGACUCUUACGGAGUACAGCUCCGAACCCCAUCUUACAACAGCUUACCCAGGAGGCGGGAGGAUGAAAUAGAGGAUGGUCAAUAUCUUCCCACCUCAGACAGCAGCGUGUUGCGACGGGCUCAGUCUCACGGCUCUCUGCUGGACCGAGAGAGUGACUACAACAACACAGAGUUCAGGCGCUCUAAUGGAGACGGGCGCUCUGGCAGCUACGCCAACUUGGACGGCGGGAUGGGCACAGGGAUUGAAAGGAACCGGUGGGGAGGCUCCCACCAAGCAGGGCUGAACGGCUCUUUAGAGCAGGAAAAUCCGAGAGGAAUAAACAGCUACUAUGAAUCUUCUUCUGAUGCUGUUAGACCAUCACAAGACAGGCGCAUUAAAAGCGGAGGAAGCCGUUCUGCUGGACAAGCUGGCAGUGUCGGAGGCUCCUCCAGGGGGCGCACUGCUGGUGUCAACGCAAGAAACGGGCCUAAUGCUGUAACUUCUGUCCUUUCUCCUGCUCAGUUGGUGCCUCCAAAUGAAUACGCUUCUCCUCCGUCUUCCUCACCUGUUUCAGGUUACAACAGACCGAGCCGAACCUCUGAAUCUGUGGCCAAGAUCAAAGCCGUGCCUUCCUCUGCUUUAAAUAAUGAUUGGUCAACAGUAGAUUCUCAUGUGACUCCUGAUCUUUUGAUAGAUCAAAGUCAGAGCUCAGGGUCAGAGUUCAACAGCGAGGAGGAUCAGAUCCAGCAGAUAAUCUACAGUGUUCUACGACAGGGGAGCAACGACAGCGACGCUGUAAUCAAACGCAGAGUCCGACUCAUCUGCAAUAAGAUCCAGGGGCUCAAGAUGAACAAAUCAGACCUUGCACUUAAGGCCCAGCUGGAAGAGAGUCUGGAUGAAAAUAUUAAUCUGCAGGAACAGCUGAGCAGGAAGAAGACUGAGUUAGAUCAGAUACAUUCUGAGAUGAUUCAGCUGCGUAUGGAGAGAGAGAAUGCAGAGUCCCGUGUAAGACAGUUAGAUGACCAGCUGAUGGGGCUGCAGGAGGAGCUGAGGAGAGAGACCGGCAACAGAGCAGACACCGACGUGAUGCAAGAAGAGUUGCUGGGCCUGCGCAGUGAACUGGCUGAAAUGGUAGUGCUGCAUCAGAGACAGGAGGACCUUCUGAGACAGAGAGAGCGGGAGCUGACGGCACUGAAAGGUGCCCUGAAGGAUGAGGUGUCCACCCAUGACCGAGAGAUGGAAACUCUUCGGCAACAAUACAGCCAAGACAUGGAGAAACUAAGAACCAGCAUGGCACAGGUUUCACAGUCUCAGGCAAGCAUAGAAGCAGACCGCCAGCGAGUGAACUCUACAGUGCGCUCCCUACAGCAACAGCUGGAAGAGAGCAAAGAGGAAGGCAACCACUGGAGACAGCAGUUCCAGAGCAACAGAGAUGAACUCCGCAACACCAAACAAGAGCUUCUCCAGGCUCGUUUAGAUAAAGAAGAGUUUGAAGAGGAGCUAAAAGAGCUGCAGGAGAAACUGGGCACCAUGAAACAGCAGAUCCCUGAGGUCAAACAGAGUGAAACCCACAAACAGGAGCUGGAGCGUAGCCGUGCAUCACUGAAGCAAGCCGAAGCAGAGAUCGAGAAACUUAAACAGGACCUCGACAAGAAGACUAUGGAAAUUAUUUCUCUGAAAAGGACUAAUCAAGAACUGGAUGCUGAGCAAAAAUAUGAGAUCGACAGGCUGAAGGACCAGUCACGAAAAGAUAAGGAGGAGUUGGCUAAAGUUCAUGCAAAAACCAAACAGCUUGCUGAUCCUGCAGUGGUGGAGUCUGUGCGUGGGGAAAUGCGUGUAGUGCGCGGAGAGGCGGAGCGUCUGCGAAGUCAAUUGGUUUUGGCUGAGGAGGAUCUACAGAAAGAAAGGGAUAGAUUCACUUUGUUCCAUACAGAAAUGAGCACGGUCUCAAAUGAACGAGAGGCACUGGAGGAGGCUAACUUGCGCCUCAAAGACAAACUUGCACGUCUGGAGUCCACAAUGCAGGAACAAGCUUCGCAGAAUAUAGAAGCAGAGCAGGAGCUGCAGUUGGAGAACAGGAAGCUGAGGCAGCAGCUGGAAGAGACCAAACGCAGCACCACCAAAUUGAGCCAGGAAAGAGACGAACUGUCCCGAGCACUGGAGGAGCGAGACAGGGAGAGGGACGCUUUCCGCAAGGAAAACACACAGCUGGAUGAACAAAAGACGCAGCUUGAAAAGUCAAUGGAUAAACUCAACAAAGAGAUCGAGCGGUUGGCUGCUGAUUCGAACGUGUCUACGCGGCUGUUACAGGCUCAGUUCGAUGAGCAGAAAGAAAAGUGGAAGAAGGAGCAGCAGGACCUGCAGAAGAUCAACAAGGAGAAAAUCAGUGAGCUGGAAAAAACCCAGAUCACUGUGCGUUCUCUCAAGGAGGAGUUGUCGCGUCUGAAGAAAGAGCUGCAGUCAAACUAUGAGGAAAAGGAUAAUGCUGUUCUGGACAGAGAGAUGUUGAUCAACCGCAUCAAACACCUGGAGGGAGAGCUGGAGAGUCAACGCAAUACAUUCAACGACCGCUCUCGUGACAUCCGCAGCAUGGAGGAAAAAAUAAAGCGCUUAGAGCUGGAGCUGGAUGAGGAAAAGAGCACCGUGGAGCUCAUAACAGAUCGAGUAACCAGGAGCCGAGACCAGAUUGAGCAGCUGCGUUCAGAGCUAAUGCAGGAAAGAUCAUCCAAACAAGACCUAGAGCUGGACAAAAAUGCCCUGGAGAGACAGCUAAAGGACUAUAAAUCCCGUAUAAAAGAAAUGGAGGGUCAGUCCCGUAGUUCCACUAAUGUUUCUCAGCUAGAGAGCAAACUACAGGAUAUGGAGGAACGGCUACGUAAUGAAGAAAGUGAUAAAAAUGCAGCACUGUCCUCACAACGCCGUCUGGAGAGGAAGCUGAAAGAGAUGUCCAUGACUCUGGACGAGGACAGACAGCAGAUCACUGAGCAGAGAGACCAGUUGUCUCUGCGUGUGAAGGCAUUGAAGAGGCAGGUGGAUGAAGGAGAGGAAGAGAUAGAGCGGCUGGAGGGAUUGCGGAGGAAAGCAGUAAGGGACAUGGAGGAACAAAUGGAGCAAAAAGACGCGCUACAGACUCGAGUCACAGCACUGGAGAAUGAACUCAAGAGGAAGAUCCAGCAAGCCCGACUUAUCUCCGUGGCCUCUCCAGGUCUCAGCUCAGAUGAUGACGACGAAAGCCUGUUUGACUCGUCCACCAUCACCUCCAUCCUCACAGAGAGCAAUCUACAGACCAGCUCCUGCUAGGGGACAGUUAGAGGAGAAGGUCACUCUUGGAUGAUUUGGGUGAAAUGAGCUUUCAAGUAACGAGUGACAUCAGAAAAUGAGAGACACUUUACACAGGUGGGAUUAGGGCUUUGUAAAGGCUCUGUUGUAAAUACUAGAAGACAGAAUAAAAUUUAAACUAAUUGAACAAGCCUUAUGAAGAGGUGGACAAACACAUAUACUGCACAAAGACGAAGAGCUAAAUGUCAAACGUUAUUAGUUCAGAGUGUUGUGUAGUUUGCACUUACCUGUAUUCCACAUCUACUAUAGUACUAGUGAUGUGACUAGCUGUGUUUAGCAUAACUCUAAUUUAGCUGCGAAAUUGAUCACUCACUUUUAGUUAAGAAAAUUCACAAGGGAAGCGCAGCUAUCUUUUGAGAUGCCAAUUAUUCCAUAUCUUUAAUAUCAGUGCUUGGCCACACGUGUUUUGAUGCGAAUUUGCAUAAAUCAUCAAAUAUUCUUUGAAUCUUAAACAAAUUUAGGGUUUUUUAAAAUAUAUAUAUAUUUUUUAAUCAUGAUACAAUUUUAAAAUCACUUGGGAACUUUAGCUAUUCACGAUCAGUUAGCUGGUUGGUUAAAAUCGAUAUUAAACUAUAUGCGCGGGACUACACCUGUUUUCUACCAGGAUUUUUGACAUAUUACUUAUAGAUUACCUUGGAAAAAUGUGAUUUAUAACGUAAUAAUAUUCGAUUAUAUUAUUCCUGCAGCUAAGUGUCCUUUCAGAAACAUUUUAUAUUUAGUAACAAGAAUGUAGUCAUCUCUACACUUGUUUAAUUCUGCUGCAAUAUUCAGUGAUGUCGAUUGGGGUUACAUCAAAUGUCCAAAUUUACACUCCACUUAGAGAGACAGCCAAUAACAAAAGGCUGCAGUAAAACUUUUGACCAUUUCAGAUUCAAUAGUAUAAAAACGCACACACACAUUUACUUGCAUGUUGAAUCAUUUAAGACAGGGGUUUUUUUUUUGUUUGUUUGUUUGUAAACAAGAUUUUCUAACUUAUCAGCAGCUGAAACUCAUGGCAACAUGAAAUUAUGUAGGGGCGAUCAGAUUAGAUUAGUUACUUUCACACACAAGAAGUUGUAGCUCUUAUUUAGAAAUCUGCAGAACUAUACUGUGCCUUCAGCUCCAACUGAGGCAAGUGAAAUGUGCUUUAUUCUUGGUUCAUCUUAUAUGAAUAUACAUACACAGUAGGGUGAAAAAUCAUUUGGAGCCACCUUAGGUAGUGCAGGGUGAGAAAAUGUAAAAGUUAAGGUUCUAGAUAUCCCACUAUUCCCAGUUACAGAUACAAACUGUUGUUCGCAGUGAUUUAUCUGAGCUCUGUAAACCCCAAUAGAUUUCAGGAAAUCUAAAUGGAAGAAUAAUACACAAAGAGCCUGAGUGUGCUGAAUGUUUCCUCUGCUAAUGCACUGAUGAUUAUUUUUGAUGAAGAGAUACUAUUAAUGCUCAGUUCACUCAUUUACUGAAAGAGAAGAAUAACAAACAGUAAUGGUACAAAGUACUGGAAUAAUAAUGUGUAAAAGGAAACCAAACAACAAAUACACACAUUUUGUUGUUAAAAAGAGCAGUGUAGCAUUAAAAACUGACAUGGUUUCACAACAUCUAACUUGCUCAUGAAACUAAGCACGAGCAGCGAAGCUAUUUUUGAUCAGUGUCCUGUCACGUGGUUCAUUGUCCGUGUCUUUUAGUUUGCGAGUGUGUUGUGAACGUCUAAAAUGUUGAGUGGUACGAGUGGAUUCCACAUACCAUUGUACAAAACUUGACCUAAGCAUUCCAGCCAAUGUUUCUUUGUAUAAAUGUAAUCACUUAUUAGAUCUAUUUAGAGCACUGCAUCAAAGAACAAAUUUGUGUGUAUGUAUAAUUAUGUAUUUUUGUAGAAAUAGUAUAUUAUUCCACUUGACCAAUCAGUGAUGAAAUCAAGUAAAAGCGUUUUAUGAUUUAAUGUGAACGAGAUGCUUGACCUCUCUAUGUACAGUCUUGUUGCGGAAGCACAUAAUGGUACAGCCCGAUGCUUUUAAAAUGUCCAUUAAAUCUAUGACUUUGUAUUUUUACAGAUAUUUUUAUGAAAAAUAAAUAAACCAUAAGCA